ACAAGCCUCAGUCAGUGUUGGCGCACAGACGACAGCGGUUCGAACUCGAAUGCGCCUGACGCUGUUAGUUAUUAUUAACUUUCAUUCUCGAUUGCGAUUACGGCCCUCAUCACAUCAAAUAGCACAGUAGCAUUCGAAAGACACCGCGAUUCAACUGCGUUCACUAGUUUUAGGAAUUGUCGCCAAUAAUUUUAGCGAUUCGAUCCAGGAUAUUGACUUUUCCUUCCAUCAGUGAAACGUAGGAAACUAAUCAAUCAUGGUGAAUGCCUACGAUGGGGUAAUCAUUCUCGUGGAGGUCUGUCUGGUAUUUAUCAAAAUAUUCCUGAGCAUUCUAAAGAGUAUAUACCAAUUGUUCGUGCCGCCGGAGGAGAAGAAGGUUGCCGGAGAAAUAGUCCUGAUUACUGGUGCUGGUCAUGGGAUUGGACGGGCAUUAGCGUUGAAAUAUGCUGCUCUAGGAAGUAUUAUUGUUUGUUGGGAUCUCGAUCCCCAAGGAAACAGAGAAACGGUUGAUGAGAUCAUGAAGCUGGGGGCCAGCAAGGCGUAUGCGUACAAAUGUGACGUAACGAAUCGUGAAGAGGUAUUCAGUGUCGCGGAGAGAGUAAAAUCAGAAGUUGGAAGUGUCUCAAUUCUCGUGAACAAUGCAGGUAUCAUGCCUUGUCAACCAUUUCUGGAGCACACACCCGAAGUAAUACAGAAGCUAUUUGACGUAAACGUGAUGGCGCAUUUCUGGAUGCUGCAAGCAUUUCUACCCUCGAUGAUGGCCAAUAAUCACGGUCACAUUGUGGCCUUAUCCUCGGUAGCCGGCAUCGUUGGCCUUCCAAAUUUGGUUCCUUAUUGUGCCAGCAAGUUUGCUGUUAGAGGUAUCAUGGAGAGUCUCACUGAUGAAUUUAAGUAUAAGAUGGGAAGUCAAACAUCUAACAUCCACUUUACUACUGUUUUUCCUUACAUGGUCGACACUGGAUUGUGUAAAAAUCCAAAGAUUAGAUUUCCAAGUUUGAUGUCCAUGGUAUCAACGACUGAAGCUGCGGCACAGAUUGUGACCGCCCAGAGGAGAAAUUACGGAGAAGUAUCGAUUCCAAGAUAUUGGUUGACAGUGAAUACGACUCUCAGGAAUUUCCCUGCUAAAGUGUGGGAUCACAUUAAAAUAUUUUUAGACAGCGGCGUUGAAGCCCACACAUAAGACAUCUCCGAAUAUAAAUUUAUUGAUAGGAAAUAUUUCGUCCGCACGCACUAAAAAAGGCGUCAGAUAUGGAUAAUCCUAGAGGUGAUAGAAUUGUGAUUCCCAAUUUUGCGUACAAGUGAACGAUACAUAUAGCUUGCCUAUCGAAUGCUGAGUGUUUGACUGUGCCUUAUUGUAAAUAAAUAAACCACAUUUAACAAGGUAUGUAGCUGAAAGUGCGCACACAAACACAAUAUUUUUAUUGAGAGAGUGCUGAGGUACAUCUGUUGAAUAUUUUCAUUUUUCAUAAUAUUAUAAAAUUUAUUGUAUCAAAAAAUACAGGAAUAUAGACGACAAAAAUACCAAA